GAUCCGUCACAGGACAGAAAAUAACGGUGCGAGGAGUACGCGCGCGGAGAGAUGGCACCGCCGACUGACGCGUCUUCAGCACAUCUUCUAGGACCCGGGGGAAAACAUGUAUGGGAAAUUAAAGGAAAAUUAAUAUUGUCUUUAUGUUGCAUUUCUAAAUGCAUCGCAACAUCUUCUGCCUGUCGAUCACGCUAACAAAACGUGAUUGGAUCCUUCUGAUCAUGAUUUUCUAGAACAAUUUGGGCAUUACAACGUACACAUAGCGUACUGGAAAUCCGAUCUACUACGAAUGUGUUAAUGAUUGCAAGCUUGUCGCAGUGGAACAUUGUUACUAUAUUUGACGGCUUCUCGAAAUCGGAACAGUCACAUCUGUUAUCGAUAGGAGCCAGCUGCAUCAGUUCUGUAGUAUUCGAGCAUCCUUCCGCCAGUGUGCAUCAUCGUCAUUCUCGCGACCUACAGCUCCAUCGCAAGAAGGAGGAUCCGCAGAGGAGCUCUCCGGGCAACACCGCACACACAUUCAAAGGAUGCUUUAGGUGUAAAAAGAAAUAACGAUGGGGAAAGAUCAGGAAUUACUUCAAGCGGUGAAGACUGAGGACCUGAUGACGGCGCAGAAGCUUCUGCAGAGGCCCAAACCUGGGAAAGCAAAGUUGCUGGGCUCUGCCAAGAAGGUGAACGUCAACUUCCAGGACACUGAUGGAUUUUCACCACUGCACCAUGCAGCACUCAAUGGAAAUGUGGAGCUUAUAUCCUUGCUGUUGGAGUCUCAGGCCUUAGUGGACAUCAGAGAUCAGAAAGGAAUGCGACCUUUGCAUUAUGCAGCAUGGCAGGGCAAGUCCGAGCCUAUGAAGUUGCUGCUGAAGUCAGGCUCCUCAGUGAACGGUCAGUCUGAUGAGGGUCAAAUCCCCCUGCAUCUAGCUGCUCAGCACGGACACUAUGAUGUCUCUGAGAUGCUUCUACAGCACCAGUCGAACCCCUGCAUAGUGGACAAUGCUGGGAAGACGCCAUUGGACCUGGCCUGUGAAUUCGGCCGUGUUGGGGUGGUCCAGCUGCUACUGAGCAGUAAUAUGUGUGCAGCUCUGUUGGAGGCCAAGCCCGGAGACUCGACUGAUCCCAAUGGCACCAGCCCACUGCAUCUCGCUGCCAAGAACGGACACAUUGACGUCAUCAGACUGCUGAUCCAGGCUGGCAUCGACAUAAACAGACAGACUAAAGCAGGCACUGCCCUCCAUGAGGCUGCGCUGUGUGGAAAGACUGAUGUGGUGCGCCUCCUGCUGGAUAGUGGCAUCAAUGCAGCAGUUAGGAACACAUACAGCCAGACAGCGCUGGACAUCGUCUACCAGUUCUCUGCCACACAGGCCAGCCGUGAGAUCAAACAGAUGCUGCGAGAUGCCUCGGCAGCCUUGCAGGUCAGGGCUCUGAAGGACUAUUGCAACAACUAUGACCUGACAAGCCUUAACAUAAAGGCUGGGGAUGUUAUCACGGUGUUGGAGCAACACCCAGAUGGAAGAUGGAAGGGCUGCAUCCAUGACAACCGCACAGGAAAUGACCGAGUGGGCUACUUCCCCUGCAACAUGGUGGAGGUGAUCAAUAAGAGGUCCGGGGCUGCGGGUUCAUGGAGUACAGUCAAUUGUACCCAACAGUAUCAAAAGAUACAGCUCUGUGCGCCGGCGUGCGGCCUUUUGUCGCCCGCCGUUGCCAUGGUGAAUGGGGACUCGUAUCAUGAGAUUUAUAUCCUGCCGCCUCCUCCACCUCCGCCACCACAUUCCCAUCUGCCACUUUUCACUUCCUUUGGCUAUAACAGGUCCCCAAACACCUCAGGAGAGCCUCACAGUGGACAAGGUUCUCGCGGCCCAGAGUCCAGUCCCCAUGGCUCACCCACCCCAGCCGGUGGCCCCCAGUGCGGCAACAGUGAGGAGAUCUGGGUGCUGCGCAAACCUGUUGCAGGUGGAGACCGCAGUAGUGUGGGCAGUUCAGGCAGUGUGGCCAGUGCUCGAUCCUCUGGUAGUGGACAGAGCUCAGGCAGCAGCAGUAUCCUCCAUGCACAAGCAGAGGGAGUCAAGCUUCUGGCCACAGUUUUGUCCCAGUCUGCCAAAGCUAAAGAGCACCUCCUGGAGCAGACCAAGUCUUUGGAUCACCCAGCAGUUUCCACAACAAAGGGACCCUCUUCACGCAGUCAGAGUUUGUCAAGCUGUCCACUUCACGAGCAGCAGUAUGGGGAGGCGGCGUCCCAGAGGAAAGGGGAGGCGCUGCCCGAGGGGAAGAGCUCAGAGGCCGUUAUCGAAUGGCUGAGUGAAUUUCAGCUGCAGGUGUACGCUCCAAACUUCAUCAACGCUGGUUAUGACAUUCCUACCAUUAGCCGAAUGACCCCAGAGGAUUUAACCGCUAUUGGAGUGACUAAACCAGGACAUCGAAAGAAGAUAACCUCCGAAAUAAACAAGCUCACCAUCAAUGAGUGGCUGCCUGACAAAAAACCAGCGAGUCUUGGAGAGUGGUUAGCCAUGAUUGGGUUGAGCCAGUACCACCAAGUUCUGGUCCAAAAUGGAUAUGAGAACAUCGACUUCAUCACUGACAUCACGUGGGAGGACCUUCAGGAGAUUGGCAUUAUAAAGCUUGGACAUCAGAAGAAGCUUAUGUUGGCAGUGAAGAAGCUGGCAGAGAUCCAGAAGGCCUCAGACGGUCGCAACACAUUGCGCAAAAAGCCACCAGCCGCUCAAGAGGUGAUGGCCAUUGAGAGCCCACCCCACGACUGUGGGGAGUGUAUGUCCCCUAAAAUGAGCACCUUCCAGGAUAGUGAACUGAGUGUGGAGUUACAGGUUGCUCUCACUCAUCCUGCAGAUUUGCAGGAUGGCCCAGAGGUCAGAACCAACAGUGCUCCGGGGGCACAGCAGCGAGCCUGCAGUCUUCAUGAGAGCAGCAUAAAUAAGAGUCGAGACUCAGAGGAUCAUAGCGGACCACCCAGGAAGGAAGCACGUACCAUGCGUCAGAGCAGCCAGGGAGGUCAGAAAAGUGUCUCAUCUCAGCAUAAACCCCGCCAGUCGUAUCCCCAAGGUGCAGGACCACCCUACACGCCACCACAGACCCCCACCAAAACAAAGCUACUGACUUCACAAACUAUGGCAGCCCCACAGGGUAAGCCAAAACCUGGCCCUCAGCUGCUCCAGCUGACAGAAAAACCUAUGUCACCACAUUCUCUCCCCCAAUCCCCCACUCACAGGUCGCAUCCUCACCCAGCUGCCCAGUCUGUGGAAACUGUGGAGGCUACACCUCCAGGACCUACCGUCUCAGUGCCACUUCUGUGCCUGCCACCAGAAAGCGACAAACCUUGUGAUGAGCAUGGAUUGCCUAAGAAACGUGCCCACAGUCUGAAUCGCUUUGCUGUGUCUGAUGGUGAGCAGGAGUAUGAUGAGCUAAACGUAUCAGAUUCAGGAGGAAAGUAUGCCACAGUCCAGCACCGGGUGGGCCGCAGCAACUCAAUGAAAGGGCAGGCAGACAAGAACGUCAACCGAAGUCAGUCCUUUGCACUCAGGCAGAAGAAGAAGGGUCCUCCUCCACCUCCCCCCAAACGUUCCAGUUCGGCCAUCUCAAGCUCCAGCAGUAAUCUAGCAGAAAUGCACAAGGAGACAAGCAGUGGACCCUUACUGGAGGUCCCCUACCAACCACAAAGGCGUGCUAGUGACCUGGGUGGCACUGUAGAUACGGGCAGUGCAGGUAGUGUAAGGAGUAUUGCGGCCAUGCUGGAAAUGUCCUCCAUUGGAGGGGGUGCCAAGGGUCUGGCUCUGCAGAAAUCUGUUGGUCACUAUCUGCAGGUGAGUCCUGCAGGAGUAAAGCAGCGUGAUGCCAUUGGACUGGAUGGGGAAGUAGUUAACCGUCGCAGGACCAUUAGUGGGCCAGUCACUGAGUUGGUAGCAGCUGCUAAGCGAGGACCACAGCCUGGGUCAGAGCCUGUCCAGGAUAAACUGCUCAAUGAACCGCAGCCAAGCUCCAGUGGAAGCUCGGCGGAGAACCUUCCAUUUGCUGAGGAUGGAAACCUCACCAUCAAACAAAAACCCAGGCAGGGCAAGGAUGAGGCUGAAGAGGGCGCAGACAUGCCAUACUCUCUACCACUGGAGGAGCUUUCACGUGUGGAUGCCACACUGAAAAGGAGGGUCCAGAGUACCAAGCAGCAACUCAAUGGUACCAAGUUCCACCUCACAGAGUCAAAUACGGUUAAGCGACGCCCCAAGAGCAAGGACAAAGAUGCAGAGGAACUUCAGGACAGGCAGAUGCCUGUACCCUAUGAGAAUGGCACUGGCACUAUUAAAAGGCGCCCUGCAUCAGAGGUGACCGUUUCAGAGCAGCCCAGGCCACAGGAACAUCCUGAGAACUCACCCCAUCGGGACAGUGCAGACCUGGAGGGCCACACUACUGAGUCACCCACUCGUAAGCCUGUCAAACCCCCGGUGUCACCCAAACCUGUUCUGGCUCAGCACAUGAAGAAACAAGGACCUCCGGCUGCCAUGACCAAGAAAGCCCCAUUUCCUGGACCAGCCGGGGCACCUGGCAGCCCAGUUGAAGGAAAGAAAGUACCUCCUCUGGUCUCACCGAAACCUACACCUCCCCCUACGGCUCCUAAACCAUCUAAAACUGUUCUGCAAUCUUUGAAUGCAACACCUAACCCCACUCCCACGCCCUCUCCAGCCAAACAGACGGUCACCAGAGUGGCCAGUACAGCUUCUUCCCAGACCAACAACCCUGUCAAGGCUACAACCCCACCAGCCCUGAGUGCCCAGACCCCUCACACACCCCAGAGUCCACACACCCCACAGACACCGCAGACACCCCAAACUCCUCUGAUACCAGGCCCCCCAACCCCUAUCCCCACGCCCCCACCCGUGAAGCCACCUCGCUCCUCAAUCAGUGGGGUGUCUAUUGACAGUGCAGCUGGAUCAGGGUUUAUGGCAGGCAUAGUGACAGCAGAUGCAGUGCACCAGAAGAUAGAGGAGACCAAUGCUUCACUGGCUGCAGCCCUGCUGGCAGUUGAGGAGAAGAUCAAGGAGGAUGGGCAUAAAGACUCAAUGGCUGAAAACAAGAGCACAGUGAGCAUCCUAGACGACAUCGGCAGCAUGUUCGAUGACCUGGCCGAUCAGUUGGAUGCCAUGCUGGAAUGAAGAGCACAGCCUGUGUCUCUGUGGCACAACCUCAGGGCCCCGGGAGAGCACAAGGGCACAAUGACCAACCACACACCCACCUAUCUACUCCUCCUAAUACUCAUGCCUUGCUCCUCUCACCUCCCUUUUUUCCCCACUCCUUUCCCAUUGUCAUGAAACACCCAUCUCUCCUCUCUUCCCCCGAGUUGGUUUGCACAAACCCCGAGCUGAUGUACCUCAGGAUGGGCAGAAGACCAUCCAGGGAUUUAGACAUCCAAGACAGAGCAGAGGGUGGAGAGGCAGAGGAUGGGUUUUAAUACAAAGAAACUCAUCUCUGUUCUUUUCUAUUCAGAGUCCUUGGAAUAUCUCAAUCUACCAUGAGCAAUGACUAGUAAAAUAAUAGAAAAACAAUAAUUACUGUAUAUUAAAUAAUAGUAUGGUAUGUGUACAUUGUAAGCAUGAGGAAAGUUUGUAUCUAUAAAUAGAAAAUCUCAUAGUGAGAGUCAUGCAUUAGUACAGUUAUAUAUAUAAAUAUAUAAAAAUAAAUAUUUUGUUUUUAUUUCAUGUUAAAUGGUACAGUGUUGAGACAUUAAGAAAAAUAUAAACUUUGAUGACAGAUAUGUGGAUUUUUCUAUGAUAAUAAUGAAGUAAAAAAAAUACAUAUGGCUUAAACAUCUGUAUGUUUGACUGUGCUCUGCAGACGAGUGUUGUGGGCUGUGUUGAAUGUAGUGACUGAAGUGGUUGUUUGACCCCCUGCUCUGUGCUUGCUCUGGGCUCCCACUCUGUACUGCUGUGUGACCCUAUACUUUUCCAUGCUCUUUCUGCCUGUGUGAACUCAUACAUUCCUGCACAGCUUUCCCCUUCCCUCUCUCUCUGUUCCUGCCCUUGACUUGCGUAGUGUCCUGUGUGCCUUACAUGAGAGGUGACUUCAGUGCUGCUAACACACAAGCAAACACGCGAUCAAGGCGAGACAGGCCCCGUGUCCAUGUGUUAGGCAUCACCUUAAGCCAGUUAGAAGUGCUGGUGUGCUCUGACUGGGCAAGGAGUAAUGACCUCAUCCUUCGACAUCUCCAUACCUCAACCAUUUGCAAGGUGAUACACAGGCUGUGUCCGAAAGUUGAAAAAUGCUUCCUUUGCUGGCAGUACAUGGAGGUAGGAAGGCAACAAGUCAAAUCCAUGUCCAAUGUUUGCGUAGUUAACAUCUUGUCUACUAAGAGGUUUACUUAGUAACUUAGUUACUUCGGUUUUUGAAGGCAAAUAGGUGUCCCCAUCUGCUUGUGAUAUUCCACAACCUUGUGUGUGCAGUUCAGACGUUGGUUGAAGGAUAAAAAUGGCAUCUAAAGGAGCGGUUGAAUGAAGUAAAAUAAAAAUAAAAUGUCCAUCUUAUUCAGCUUAGUUUCUUAUUAGAAAUAAGCAUUGUACUAACAAAAUAUUUGCUUGGUUAUUUCUAAAGUUCGCUUGAAUUUUAUUUAGAUCAUCAGACAUGAUGUUAUGGUGUCUUGGAAUUCGGUCUGAAACCAUUGUCCUUAUGAGAUGCCUUCAUACACAAAAUGCUACAAUGACUGACUGGGCAGCAAAGCACUAAGGCAGCUUCUUUUGGUUUCGGACACAGCCAUUGUGUUGGCUUCUACUUCAUGAGUGACCUCAGAGGCACAGGUGAGCACAAUGGGAGUCUUCUUCAGUUGAGGGGUCUAAUGAUUGAGGGCUGAGAAGGUUGAACGUUAGAGGAAGCACAAAAUGAGGAAGUUGCAAAUGCGAGUGCAUGAGACUUUUAAAGACAUAAAACAGGAAUUUAAAAAAUACAUGCAUGUAAGAAGCUUUGGAUGGACAGUGUAGCGAACUAAGGAUUUUGUGAAAGUUUGCAAUGCAGAUGUGUUUGAAGGUUGGAUGAACAAUUUCCAUCUGCAAAUGGAUGUGUAUCCAUUGAAAACCUGCAUGCAGUUUAAUGUCAGCACAUUGCUCAGUGGCUGUUUAAGGGUGAGAAUGUACCAUGGUGUGCCUGCUAAGUGCUGCAUCCUCCAAUAUUGUCCAGACAGACUUUUCCUUAAUGACCAAAGCUAGAACUCUAGUCUUAGACUGAGAUGCAAUUAAACUUAGGCAGGUUAUGCAUUAUUUAAACUAUACAUUCUAAAAACCAUUACAGUAUCUGGAUUAAAUAAAUUCAGAGAAUCACAUUAAAUAACUUUAGAUGGACAUAUUGAGGGUAGGAUGAAUGAUGCGUUUGCAGUCAGAAUACAUUAAAGUUUGGUCUCUGUAGACAUGUAAUGUUUUCAGGUACCAUGCUCCCAUUUUCUGUAACUGGCAGGGCACAGUUUGCUGUUAUGACAGCACUGGUCACAAGCAUAUCUCUUGCAAGCCUCUGAAUGUCAUUGUCUCAUUGCCAGCAAACUCAUAGUCCUUUCUUUACUCUAACCAUCCUCAAUGUUGCCAUGACAAUCUACCUGCUCAUUAUUAGAAUUGUCACAGUAUCCAAAUGAUGAUGGUCCUGAAAUGGUUGCAUAAUUAGAAUAGAAAAACCCCCAAAGGUAAUGUGUAUGUCUCACAAUGCUCUACACACUUGCAGUAGCUCCAUAAAUGCUUAGUCCCUUCCCCUGAUCUCAUAAAGAAUAUUUGUAAUAUUUAAGUUAUGAACAUAUAUUAUUAUAGUUGUUUUCAACAAGUAUUUAAUGAUGCAGCAUCAAGAGGGCUUGUUGAUGAAACCGCAAAUAUUUGAGAUAGAGUUUAAAGUGUCUUCUUGGCUCUAAGUGUUUUGAAUUGUAAAUGGUCAUUUUUUUAGAACUCAUUUUCUUUUUUAAGAUAGCAUUUUGUGAUAAGUUUUUGGACUGCCAUGUCUUCAGAUGAAAUAAGUUGUAUAUUAUGCAAUGUUAUAUUUUUUGAAACAUGUAUGUGCCUUGCUUGAGUUGGUUUCAUUUUGUCGUUAAGUCUUUCAUGUUUAAAAGAUGUGUAGAUGAUAUAUGGUCUCUCAGUUUUGUCCACCAGAUGUUCAUAAUUAUAUUUGUUUUUGUUGUGGUCUGCUCUGUGGACACAGCACAGAUGUCUGGUGUGGGAAUAGCUUUUAUGAAUGCUUUAUCAUGCCUAUUGCUUCAAAGGACUUGGUCUCUAUCCAGUGUAAAUUCAGUUGUUACAGCCCCCCUCCCUUCUCCUUUUUUUUUUUUUCAUCUUUAAUACCUGAAGAAAAACAGGACAAAAAAUUAUUAAAUUCUUAACACACUGAAGUCAAACUUAUUGUUGGUGCAAGAUGUUAUUUAAUAAUGAAAGCCAUUUUCCAUCCUAUCUGCAGAGACAUUUAAAAAAAAAAAAAAAAAAAAAAAAAAAACUGCACUGCACUGCUCAGUGUGUGCAGGCUGUAUAUUGUGUUGAUGUUCUGCCAUUGACUUGUAUGAUACCUGCUGUGACUGGCUUUGGGAACAGUGGUGUGCUUGCAGUGACUGCAUCAACAGCCACCUGCUCUAAAUAAACAUUAUAUAUAAA